ACACUUAGCUACAGGAAAUGACGUCAUCACAAACUCGGAAAGACUGGGCUCGAAUUAGUCGUGAAAAUCAGACGAAAUAAGAUGGCGAGUUCUGUUGGUGGUAUACCUACCACUUAUCAUAACCAGAGCGAUCCAAACGCAGCUUCGUCUAGAGAUUUCUACACCGGUCUUGGAUUAGCCAUCAGUUCUAGUUUGUUCAUAGGAACUAGUUUCAUUGUCAAGAAAAAAGGACUUCUAAGAGUUGCAAAAAGGGCUGGAGUGAGAGCAGGACAAGGUGGGUAUGCUUAUCUCAAGGAAUGGCUUUGGUGGGCGGGCAUGAUUUCAAGUAAGUAGAUAUCCUUUCAUCUAUAACACGGAUAGAUGUUAAAAAAAUUAGGUUGAGCGAUUCAGUCAGUCAUGAAGGAUGGAUAACAUGAGUUAUAACAUUAUUAUGACCACAUAUGGAAAUUAUCGCCACGUAUCGACAGUAGAUAUCUCAUUACUAUACCUUGUGAAUCUGUCGUAUUAUUGUAUUUCAAUACAUUUUUUAAAUGCAUUUCAAUUUAGUUCAUGAUCAGAUAUUUGAAGGUCUAUAUCAUCUAUUAUCAUUCACAAGUUAUGGUGUCAUACUGACUUAAAGAUGUAAUCCAAACAUGACCAUAGUUGUGAAAUUCAAUGCAGUUAGAAGCUUGCCUAUAUGAGUAUUAUGUGGACUAAAUCAUUUUAAAUUCUUGAUUAGAUUUUAUAUUAUAAAGUUUUCACUGUUAUGUGAAACAAGGAAAUACUGUAUAUCAAUACAUAUUUUUUGUUUCAUUACAUCACUAAUCCUUGAUUUUGACAGAAAUAAACUAGCUAAUAUUAAUUAAUUUAC